AUGCGCAUGCACCUGAUCCAGGUCACUACCAUUGUGCCGCAAAAUACACUCCUCGCUAUCCGCAGGCGAGAUCCGACUCCCCACCAUCGUCCGUUCACAUCUGUCAAAGAGCUCGAAUUCGUCAAGGUGCCUACCAUCGAGAAGAUCGGUGUCCGCUAUGAUUUUCGAAUUGCCAUCUGCCACCAACAGGUUGAAACCGAGAUACGAUCGGAAGAACUCCUAGUCAUAGUCGACUACACAACCGACAAAUGUAUCCUUAAUAAAGAUAUGGGGUCUGUCAGAAGGAUGGCCUCACAUACCUCCGAUAUGGCCUGGUCUAAGUUUAAAUUGGGAUGGUUUCCUAUCUCGUCCGCAAGAGCCUCUCCCGUCACCGACGUCCUUAGGUUCCGUCCGCCGCAGGACAAAACUUGUAGCCAAAGCACAGGCGCGUUUGAUGCCUAUAUGGUAGGUGCACCUACCAGUAUCUGA